GGAAAUGCGUGGCUCCGGGCUGUGGCCGCCCGCCCCCCACCCCCCCUCGGGCUCUUUAAGGCCGGCGGUUUUCGCAGCCAGCCCGGGGCGGGGAAAGAGGAGCGCGCGCCCCACGCGGGACCGCCUCCCGAGCCGUAAGUACCGGCGUGGCGGCGCCUCAGCCCGGCCUGGGCGAACCCUGGGUGCUCCGCCGGGCAGCUCACGGCGCCCCGCAUGGCCUGGGGAUCCUGGGAGGCCCUGUGACCCCCCUCGCCUGGUCUCCCUCUCACCCCUGGAGGGUUGCCGCAGCUCCGGGGCCCGCGGGCAGGAAGGGCGCACUGGUUGUCCCGGGAGAGGGGUCUGAGCAGAGGGCGGGGUGCAGGCGGGAUGGCCCUCGUGCCCUAUGAGGAGACAACGGAAUUUGGAUUGCAGAAAUUCCACAAGCCUCUUGCAACUUUUUCCUUUGCAAACCACACGAUCCAGAUCCGGCAGAACUGGAGACACCUGGGAGUCGCAGCGGUGGUUUGGGAUGCGGCCAUCGUUCUUUCCACGUAUCUGGAGAUGGGAGCUGUGGAGCUCAGGGGCCGCUCUGCCGUGGAGCUGGGUGCUGGCACGGGGCUGGUGGGCAUAGUGGCUGCCCUGCUGGGAGGUGGAAUUUAAUUCUCCUCCCCUUGAAUAUGGGCUGGACAAAGAGAAAAAUGGUAGCUCAACAGUGGAGACACCUGGACAGCACUUUAACCAAGUAAUCAAAGUUAACAUCGCCAGUUAUGUAUGUGCUCCCAGAUGUGAUGUUAUGAGAAGGGCACACUAUACCUCUGUGGAAUUCCUCCCCAAAACCUAUUAUCUCAAUCUAUCCAUAGAAGACACUGGACAAAUACAAACUGAGGGAUAUUCUAAAAGAAAACAGAUCACUACUCUUCAAAAGUGACAAGGCCAUCAAAGACAAGGAAACAGAAACUUUCACAGACUGAAGGAGACUAUAAUUAAAUGCAAUAUGGUACCCAAACUGGAUUAUGUAAGUAAAAAAACUGGGGAAAUAAAAUGUAUAAUUCAGUUAAUGGUAUUAUACCAAUGUACUUUUAUUUUUGAUAAAUGUACCCUGGUUAUGUAAUAUACUAAGAUUAGAGAAAGCUGGAUGAAGGGUAUCUGGAACUCUGUAGUACUAUUUUUACAACUCCUUUUUAAGUUUAAAAUUACUUAAAAAUACAUUAAAAAUGUAUAUUUACCUUUGUACUGGUUUGAGUAAAAAAACUGACUUUAGAAUGUUAACAUUUUAGAUGGUGAAAUUAGAAGUAAUUAAAUUUUUAGGUAAUGUUUCUUAAUUUACUUAUAAUGAACAUGUUUUACUUGUGUAAUAAUAAUAAAUUUAAAAAAACUGAUAGUAAUGUACAUACUCUUUGGUAACCUGCUUUUGUCUGAGAACAUCUUCCCAUCUUAAUAAAAAUACAUCUUUAUUUACUCUUAA